UCGUUGUGCUUCAUUUCGUAUAAAUUGGAUCACCGGUCCCAAUCACGGUACAGUUCGAUUGAAUCCUUUGUACUGUGAACAACAUCACCUCUCCAACAGUCAACAUGGCCUUCAAGUUCCUGACUUUCGCCGCUCUGGUCGCCGUUGCCCGCGCUGGCCUCAUUGCCUCGCCAGCAGUUUCCUACGCUGCUGCUCCGGCCCUCGUUGCUGCCCCAGUCGCCAAGGUCGCUUAUGCCGCUGCCCCGAUCGCCAAGGUCGCGUACGCUGCCCAGCCAGAGGAGUACGACGCGAACCCGCAGUACUCGUUCUCGUACGGCAUCUCGGACGCCCUGACCGGAGACUCCAAGUCCCAGCAGGAGUCGCGCAGCGGAGAUGUUGUCCAGGGAUCGUACUCCGUCGUUGACCCCGAUGGCACCAAGCGUACCGUCGAGUACACGGCCGACCCGCACAACGGAUUCAACGCUGUCGUCCACCGUGAGCCGCUGGCCGCCAAGACCAUCGUCGCUGCUGCCCCGGUCGCCACCAAGGUCAUUGCUCAGCCCGCCGUCGCUUAUGCCGCCCCGGUAGCCAAGACCAUCUCGUACGCCGCCCCGGUCGCCACCAAGACCUACGUCGCGCAGCCAGCUCUGUCUUAUGCCGCCCCUCUGACCAAGACCUACGUGUCGCAGCCAGCUCUGUCCUAUGCCGCACCAGUGGCCAAGACCAUCUCUUACUCCGCUCCUCUGGCCACGAAGACCUACGUGUCGCAGCCGGCUAUCUCUUACGCCGCUCCUCUGGCCACGAAGACCUACGUGUCGCAGCCGGCUCUGUCGUACGCCGCCCCGGCCUACGCUUACCACCACUAAAUCCUGAAAAGACUUGAUUGGACUGUUACAAAAUGAAAGUUAUUUAUUGCAAGAAAAAAAUCAAAUAAAAAACUGUGAACUGAAAA